CGGCAAACAAGAUGAACUCGGCGUCGCGGGUAUGGAAACUGGCUUUACUGUUCAUCGCGCUCUCGAGCGCUCUCGAGAUACCAAGCGGAGCUCUCUGGGCUUUGAUCGCCGUAGCGGACAUCGUUGACUUUGCAAGAAAGCGCAGAAGAAACACGGAAUCGUAUGAAUCGCCGCGAUCUUCACCGACUUCUGUCACCUUUUCGGGAAGUUACGAGGUUUUCUUGAGUUUCCGAGGGCCAGACACUCGGAAGGGAUUCGCAGAUUGCCUCUACCACAGCCUCGAAAAAAUGGGGAUCCGUGUCUUCAGAGACAAUGAAGAGUUACUUGUUGGAGAAAUGAUCAAGCCGUCACUCAUUGAGGCGAUCAAGCAAUCGGAGAUAGCCAUACCCAUCAUCUCAAAGAAUUAUGCUUCCAGCAAAAGCUGCCUCAUGGAGCUGCAGCAAAUGUUAGCGUGCAGAGAAAACAACGAGCAAAUGAUAAUUCCCAUAUUCUAUGACGUUGGUAUCUCUGAUGUAAAACACCUUAUGGGAUCUUUUGGAGAGUUCUUUUAUGAACUUGUUAAGAAUGAGCGAGUUGACAAGGAGAGGAUCGAUGCGUGGAAGAAGGCUCUCCGACAUAUUGGAGAAAUGAAAGGGUUGAACUUGGCUGAAAUGAAUGAUGGGCAUCAUGGCAAGCUCAUACAGCUAGUCGUCUCAGACGUCUUGCGACUAUUAAAGAAGCCUGACCUAGUCGUGACUGAAUAUCUAGUUGGAAUCGACCAUCAUGUAGAAGAGAUUAUGAGGAAGCUUGAUGUUGACUUUCGUGAUGGACAAGCUGUUAAAACAUUUAGCAACAAGGGAUGCGUUGUUGGAAUAUGCGGUAUGCCUGGGGUUGGCAAAACUACUCUUGCAAAGAUUGUCUACAACCGACUGUAUCAUCUCUUUGAUGGCUGUGCCUAUCUCGAGAAUGUUCGAGAAAAGUAUACCCAGGUUGAAGGGCUUAAGACAUUGCGAUGUAAUUUAGUAUCUCAACUUGUAAAGAGGGAAAGUCGAGAGUUCAGUACUUCUGACGAGGCUAUGCAAUUUAUCAAACACAGAUUCAGCAAUAUGAAGGUUCUAAUUUUUCUUGAUGACGUGGGUGAUUCUGAACAGCUUACUCAAAUUGCGGGUGACCUUACCGGUUAUGGUCCUGGAAGCAGAAUUAUUGUGACAUCUUUAAAAAAAGAUGUCUUAAAAAAGGUCAAAGUAAUAACUCAAACAUAUGAGGUUGAGGCAAUGGAUGAAGGUCAAGCUCUUCAACUUUUUUGUAAGCAUGCUUUCGGGAAGGAUUAUGUCAGAGAGGUCGAUCGUACUCUUUCUAGAGCCAUUAUAUCAGCUACCGGUCGGCUCCCUUUAGCUCUUGAAAUGGUGGGUUCUUGCUUAUUUCUAAAACCAAAAGAAGUGUGGGAAGAUACAUUGGAGAAAUUGAAAGAUGCUCCUCACGAGAAAGUUGAAAAGGUGUUGAAGAUGUGUUAUGAAGAUUUAGAUGAAAAUCAGAGAAAGAUAUUUCUGGAUGUAGCAUGUUUUCUUAUUGGAAGGGACAAGAGAAUUGCCAUUUACAUGUGGGAUGACUGUAAAUUUUUUCCUCUAGGGCAUUGAAGCUCUUCUUGUCAGGUCUUUGGUGAAAGUGGGAGAGAAUAAUGAGCUGUGGAUGCAUGACCAAUUAAGAAACUUUGGUAGGGAAUUAGUACGGAAGGAGAACCCCGAAGAGCCUUUCAGGCGAAGCAGGUUGUGGAAUCACGAGGAAGCAUUAGCCACACUAAAGGAAAGGAAGGGCACUGAAAAAGUUCAAGCACUUGAACUCAUGUUUGAUUAUGGAACUGAUGCGUGUUUAUCUUGUGAAGCAUUCUAUCCUCUCUGGAAUUUAAGGUUCCUUAAACUUGACUCUGCAUAUAUUGAAGGCAAUCUUCAGAAUCUUCUUGCAAACUUAAGAUGGUUGGAUUGGCAAAUGUGCCCUGAAAAGACCCCGGGACUUCCCUAUUUCAAUGUUGAAAACUUGAUCAUUCUUGAUCUGUCAUGGAGCCGGGUAAAUCAAGGUUGGAGAGGUUGGGAGCUGAUCGGAGAGAAGGCGAAUAAAUUGAAAGUUUUGAACCUGACAGGUUGUCUUGAGUUACUAGAAUCUCCAAAAUUCCCUGCUCCAAUCAAACUAGAAAGAUUGAUUCUGGAAUCUUGUUCCAAAUUAUAUUUGAUUGGCCCAUCCUUUAAAAACCUAGGCAGCUUAGUUUCCAUAAAUAUGAAGUCUUGUAAUGUGGACCAGCUGCCAGAUCUGGGUUUCAUGACGGCUUUAAAAGAGCUUGUGAUCGAUGGGACUUUUAUUGAUAAGAUUCAGUUCCAAAAGGAUUCUAUGGAGCAACUUGAGACUCUUAGUGCUUGCAAGUGUGAAAGGUUAGAACAAAUAUAUGAGAUUGAUCACUUACGAUCUCUCUCUAAUCUUGCACUGGAUGGAGCUGCUAUAAAGACCCUUCCAGUUUCCAUCGGGUCACUGGAGAAACUCCAACGCCUAUCUUUAAGGAACUGUCAGAAAUUAACUGAAAUUCCACGAUCCAUUGGAAAGCUCAAGGAUCUGCAGUUUAUGGACCUGUCUAACACGGGAGUUGAUGAAUUGCCUUAUUCAGUCAAGCAUUUGGAAAAUUUGAAAGUGCUGAAGAUGGAAGGUACGCACAUAAAAGAAAUUCCUGAAGCAAUACAAUAUCUGCCAAAGUUGGAAGAGAUAGAUUUUUCUCUCUGCCGGAAUUUGGAGAUUCAGAUGGACUCUGAUUUUGCGGGAUUAGCCUCUUUGAGAGUCCUAAAACUGUCCUAUACCCAAAUUCCCCACUUGCCUGAGAGCGUUUGUUGCCUCUUAAAUCUCCAAAUGGUUGAUUUACGAUACUGCAAGAAGCUUCAGGCUCUGCCAAAAUUUCGCUCCAGUGUAAUCAUCCUCCGCUAGGCUUCCAGAAAGACGUGGACAGCUGUGGAACUUCAUGCCUGACUAUUGUUGAAGGGUGGUAACUUGGUGAUGAUCCUGUUCCGCAGUGUUGGAAUUGUCUGAGCAGGAGCAUAAUGGUGUUUAAAUUUUGCAGCAAUGGGGAGGAGUCGUGGUCGACAGAUUUCACCCUUUUUUUUUAAGAGGCGAUGGUAAACUCGCCAGGCGGAACUCAAUUCCAUAAUUAUGAGGGAGGGCACGUGGCGAUUUGGCUGGCUACUGGAUAGGAGAUUCAUUUCGAAUGCAAGAAGGCAGUAGCUAUUGCGUUUCUCUUGUUUCGAUGAUUCGCUGCUUCCAUUAGUCCCGGGCAAAGAUCGUCAGACAUUAUCAAUCAACUGGAUCCAAUACAUCAGGAUCGCCCAACCGAACUACCUCAUCAGCAGAAAACGAAUUUUGCUGGCCUGCCACCCGAAACGUUUCCUCGGCAAGGCAAACAGAUUGAGUUAAGUUAAUCGCAUCUUCGUGUAUGAAAAUUACCGACGACUUUCCUGUCGAAGAAGGUAUAUAAAGCCACUAUUUCCUCUCGAUCGGAGGAAUGUUUUUUCCAGCAUUCUAUUGAACAUCAGAGAAGCACAGAUAGCUUAAGCCGGAGCUGUUUCCAUGGCUUCUAUCUCCUAAGUAAUGCGUUGACCUGCAGGCUAGCCGUUCUUCCUUUUCUUUUAUACGGGGGCAGCCCAACUGCUAGUUGACCGUACAAUUGAUGAAAACACCCUUCUGACAGUAAUUCUUCAAGCAAUUUGAAAGCGUAAGAGUGAAGUAAUCGUACGAAAUAUUCAUAAUGCAUGCGCUUGCCGAUUUCUUGCCGAGUAUCCGAAGGAGAGAGGGAGAGAUUACGAUGAUCGCGGCCGUGGUUCUGCUGGCGUUAGCUGUCGUAAUGGACGGAAUCGUGAAGAGGGACAUGGAGGUAAGUAGGCGUUCGACGCAGCCAUGCUCGUGGCCACAACAGUCACCGCCGUCGCAAAAUCUCUCGUCCCCACCAAGGUCCACGCCGUCGCCGCUGUGGUCAAGACAGAGUUGCUUGCACUCGGCAACCGGGUCAUCAUCACCGUCGCAGUGGUCCACGGUAGCACACAACGGAAGAGAACCGCAGUGCUCGAGCACU